AUGUUUCGGAGUCGAAGUUGGUUUGGUGCCUCUUGGGGCAGACCCAGAAAUCCCCAUUCUUUAGAAAGGUUAAAAUAUCUUCAUAACAUAUUAUCUAAAAACACUACAGUGUCCGAGAGUAAUCGUGGUACUUUGGUGGAGUCAUUAAGGUGUAUAGCAGAGAUACUGAUAUGGGGUGAUCAGAAUGACAGCUCUGUAUUUGAUUUCUUUUUGGAAAAGAACAUGCUUUCCUAUUUCCUGAAGAUAAUGAGACAAAAGUGUGGAGAUUAUUUACUGAGUAAUAACCAUGUGAACUCAAUAAUUGUACACAAGUUUGAUGUUUCGGAUGAAGAAGUUAUGGCAUAUUAUAUAUCAUUCUUGAAAACUCUAAGCCUGAAAUUAAAUAACCAUACCAUACAUUUUUUUUACAAUGAGCACACAAAAGAUUUCCCGUUAUACACAGAGGCAAUAAAGUUUUUCAAUCAUCCAGAGUCAAUGGUUCGAAUUGCAGUGCGUACUUUAACCCUGAAUGUGUACAGGGUUCAAGAUGCCAGUAUGCUUCGCUUUAUAAGAGAUAGAACUGCAGCUCCAUACUUCAGUAAUCUAGUCUGGUUUAUUGGAAAACAUAUUCUGGAACUUGAUGCGUGUGUUCGAAACGACGCUGACCAUCAAUCUCAACAAAAAUUAGAUGACUUAGUGGCCGAGCAUCUGGAUCACCUGCAUUACAUCAACGAUAUUUUGUGUUUAAAUAUACCUGACCUCAAUGAUGUUUUAACAGAGCACCUGUUGCAUAAACUACUAAUACCUUUAUAUAUUUAUUCAUUGACUUCUGAAUCUGCCAGACGACCUGUUACAUCCUCUCCAUAUAACAGAGACAAUAUUCAAAGCAUUGAAGUGAUAACAAGGAAUCUAGAGGCCAUUAUAAAAGGCAAAUGCUCAGAUACCCCUCCAAGAUUGACCUAUCCCAUACAAAGAAUGGAGUCAGAAGAGGAAACGAAACCAUCAGUAUCAUGUGUGGUGGCCCUUUUUUUGCUAUCUCAAGUAUUUCUAAUAAUUACACAUGGCCCAAUUGUCCAUGCAUUGGCUUGGAUUAUAAUACAGUCGGAUUUAUCAGUGUUUGAGGAUGGUGCUACGAGAAUACUAGAAAUGUAUCUAAGUAAAGCAAAAACAAAUAUUAAGUUAGAGUUCUCUAAACCUCAGCUAAGUCUAGAAAAGGCUUUAGAGACAUCUGGUCAAGAAAGAGACUACACUACUCCUGAAUAUAGUGGGUCGAAAGAUUUUGCCUACGAUUUAGAUAAAGAUACAGAUCUAUCUAGCUGUGAUCUUGACCCGGAACUUGUUUCAACUUCCCUACCGUCCACUUCUCAUAUUAGCGAGACAUCGAGUAUAGCUCAUGAUUCGACGGAAGAUCUAGUGACGCAAAUACAUUCAGUUAAACCUACUGCAGUUACAGCUGUAGCUCAAAAUAUGCCUGAUUCCCCUUUACCAGAUUCAGGCAUUGAUUCCAGUUCUUCAAAAACAUUAUCAGAACUAAACAAUAUUACCGAUGAGGAGAAGCAAAAGUUACUUGGUACCAUGCCAAGUACAUCAGCAGAAAAGACCAUGACUAUAGAGAGUAUAUUAGAAAAAGAAAAUAGAGAAAUUGUUAAGAGACCAUUUUUAAAGACUGUUCUAGAUUCAUUGGAUUGCAGUGAAAAUGAUUAUAGGGCUCUUUUUGCCCUAUGCUUGCUAUUUGCAUUGAUAAAUAAUAAAGGAGUUAACACGGAACUUUUAGACACGUUACUGUGUCCUGAAGUAGAUGAUACUACUAGUAAAGUAACAAACACUGACAGUGCAAACACAAGUAAUCAAGACGAAGUAUGCGGUGAUGGAAAUAGUCAACAAGGAACUCCAGCGCGUACAACAAAACGGCCUAUGCAAAGUUUCAACGCACUUCUUAUAAAUAAAUUGAUGGCCAUCGCUAAUCUUAGCUGCAAGCCCACAAGCAAAGUGCGGCUGGUGACGUGCGAACUGAGCGUGCGGUUGGUGCGCGUGGCCAUGCAGGGCGCGAGCGGGGUGGCGGGCGCACGACACGUCGCCGCCGUGGACGCGUUACGUGCUCGGGCCGCCGCGCUCGCGAGGAACUUCUACAAAUGCGACGACAUUUUCCUCGAUAUGUUUGAAGACGAGUACUGCGAAAUGAGCAAGCGCCCUUUGAAUGUUGAAUGGCUUUGUAUGGACGCUGCGAUAUUAUUGCCGCCUACACGAACGCCUAUGUCGGGCAUAGCGUUUACGAAACGGUUGCCCAGCGGAGAGAUGGAAAGAGCUCGACGGGCAAUUAGAACAUUCUUCCUUAUUCGAGAUUUGUACUUGAAACUCACCGGCAAACCGGAAACACAGUUGCCACUAGCCAAUCCUUCGCCGUUCGUUCAAGUUGGAGAAGUUUUGGACCUCAAUGAUUCUGAUCUCAUUUCUUGCGAUAUUAUACAGAAGGACGGCACGUGGCAUCAUAGAUUUUUAGCAGUAGAUAACAUACAAAUUAUUCUGGUAGAACCGGAUAAGCAGAAAAUGGGUUGGGGUGUCGCUAAACUGGUCGGCAGCUUGCAGGAUCUUGAAAUACAAGGCGAUAAAGACGACCCCCGUUGUUUACAAUUAACAAUUCACAAGCCGCGUGUUGGAUCGAGCGGCGCCUUGGCCCGUACCGUUCUCUUACGGGCCAAAUUUAAGUUCGACGACCAUAUACGUAGUAUGGCCGCGAAGCAGAGGCUGACGAAGGGACGGACUAAGGCUCGACAAAAGAAGAUGCAGCAAAUCGGAAGACUGUUAGAAGUGUCCGGUAUUUCCGCACCAUCAAUGGCACAGAGGCACCGUCCUUUGUUUACACGACCCGGACUCUCGGCAGUUCGAAGAUCCUCAGGUGCUGAUAGCGAUGAAACUGAGCGACGUCUGCGCAGGCCCAGUGGACACGUGCUGAAGGACGGCAUCGUGGUGUACCGCGAACGUACCACGAGCCGCGAGAGCAGUGUGUCGAGAAGCAGUAGCACUCACGGCUCGCGUGAUGGGUCGCCUAGAGCCCGUUCAGAAGAUAUACCUCUAGAAGAUAUAAGAAGGAACAUGGCGAUAGCAGCCACGCCCGUUACCGUGACGCAGAGCCAACCGAGUACAUCGACUCAAGUACCAAAGGCGGUAAGUAUGUCAUCAGAGGAGACUUCCUUCAUCUCGGGCGAAGCGCCGCGACACAAGCGAAAAGGAAUAGUAGAGACUAUAUGA